CACUCUCUCUCUGUUGUGGUCGCAGCUACGACGCUGCCUCCGCAACGUUCUUCACCGCACCGUCUCUGACAACGUGGACAAACCGCGACAUCACCGCUGCUGCUCCGAGCUGUGAUGAUGAUGAUGAAGAUGAUGGUGAUGAAGAUGAUGGUGAUGGUGAUGCCUCCUCCGUUCCUCCCUCCACCCUCUCUCCUCUGAUCGCCUCCUUCCAUCUCUCAUCAUUCUGGACACAUUUACACCUGAACCGAGCGCGACCUGCGAGUGUGUGUGCGCUCGCGCGCGUGUGUGUGUGUGUGUGUGCGCGCGGCCAGAGACUCAUCAUCAUGGAGUCCGAACCCGGACGGCGUGUCUGCGGAUUUCUGCGGUUCCUUCUCUCCGUGGCUCUGCUCACUCUGCUGCUCCACCUGCAGGAGGCGCACGCUUCCUACUCGCCUCAGAGCGGGGAGUGUCGAGGCCGGAAGGACUGCACAGAUCUCUCAGAGAAGAAGAGUGAUCUCAGAGUGUGCGACGACGCCACCUGUCGGUAUGGAGGUGUCUGCAGAGACGACGGUGCUCAGCUCAAAUGCGUCUGUCAGUUUCAGUGUCAUAAGAACUACGUCCCCGUCUGUGGGUCCAACGGAGACACGUACCAGAACGAGUGUUACAGGAGACAGGCGUCCUGUAAACAACAGAGACUGAUCUCCAGAGUGACGGACGGUCCCUGCUCUGCUGAUCCAGGAUCAGGUUCAGGAGACGGAGACGGAGACGGAGACGCAGAUGAUGAAAGUUCAGGCGCCGACGUCGGGAAGAAGUUCACCAAAUGCAGCACCUGCAAAUAUGGAGCCGAGUGUGACGAGGACUCGGAGGACGUGUGGUGCAUCUGUAACAUCGACUGCAGUGGUCACAAUGAAAACCCCGUCUGUGCCACCGACGGGAACUCCUACAACAACCCGUGUCUGGUGAGGGGGGCGGCGUGUAUGAAGCAGGAGCAGAUCGACGUCAAACACCUGGGGCCGUGCAGCGCUGACAAAGAGAAGCUGGGGAAGAAAGACGACAGCAGUCACUUCAAGGUCAACAUCUUAGAGAAAACUGGAGUGGAUCACAGCGACGAUUUCUACGCUCAGAUGCCAAUUCCAUGCGCCAACACUUUCUGCGUCCAUGGAAAAUGUGAGAUGAAACACAACACUGCCACCUGCAGAUGUGACCCUGGGUACAAAGGUCAACAGUGCGAUGAACCUCAGGACUUUAACAUCCUCUACGUUGUCCCCAGUGGACAGAAGCUUCACUACGUCCUCAUCGCCGCCAUCAUCGGCGCCGUCCAAAUCUCCAUCAUCGUGGCCGUGGUCAUGUGCAUCACCAGGAAAUGUCCGAAGAACAACAGGGGGCGGCGACAGAAACAGAACCUGGGACACUUCUCCUCAGAAUCCAACUCCAGGAUGGUAUAGCCCAGCUCUGGGCCUCGGUGUUGUCCCGGCGUGGAACACCUUUUUUAGCAGUAGAACUCCUGAGAACCCAGAAGAGGAACACCCAGAACUUAGUUCUUCUUCUUCUUCUUCUUCUUCUUCUGUCCUGGAUGCUUUUCCUUCCCUUCGUUUCUUCCACCCUUUGAAGUUUCUGUUCUCACAACGACCAAGAGCGAGAGGUGGAAAAACCAUAACUUUGUCAUCGCCUGUGAUGUCACCACUCUAACAACCUGUGAGGAAGCAGAUCAACGGUGAUAGACCUAGCAUCUCUGCUAACCCGGCUAGCACAGACGCUGAUCUGUAUUUAAAAAAUGCGAGCGUAGCGGUUUUGUUUUCCUCAGUAUUUAAGGAGAUCAAAGGCAGUCGGCCAUCUUUCUUUUUUAUUGUUCCUCAGUUCCGGCUGCUGUCGUUUCGCAUGACCUGUGAAAACUAUGUACCGUGGUGUCGUUUUUGAUGUUUUUGACGAAUGAAAAGAGGACGACUGAGACCUGAGGAGGCGGAGCUAAAACACUUCCUCCAGUGUCCAGCAGGGGGGGGUGUUUGCUGAUGAUGACGCGGUUAGGACCAACGUGUCAUUGGUGGUUUGUUGACAUGUGGUAGACGGCCUCUGACCUCUGACCUCUGACUACGGUGACAUUAAUAAAGAUGAUUGGUCGGUGAAUCCAGGGCUGUGGGAUGAUGUCAGACGAUAAUGUGUAUGUUGUGGAUCAUGAGGUUGAAGGUUGAAAACCUCCAGGCUCUGGACCUCGUCCUCCUGAUGCUGUGGAGCCGUUAGCAUGUGAGCUAACGACAGCUAACGCAAAGUGUCUCCACUGCUCUGGAUAUUUUUACUGUCUCCGAAUGACGGGUGUCAGGGGUUUAACCCCCACCUCACCCCCCCACC